AUGGCCAAAAUAACCAUCCGUGACGCGUCCACUGCCGAAGACGACGUCGCCUUCAUCGUCGCAGCCUUCGACUCGACUCUCGCGCCCCUCGCGGCGCUCGGCAGCGGCGCGAUGUGGGGCUCCACGCCCUUCUCGCAGAAGGACGGCUUCGUCGAAGAAACAAUCAAGGAUGUGCGGACUUCGGAGACGUACCAGGUCACGGGAGAGGGGGAGGAGGCGCUGCGGAUUUUCGUGGCGGAGGUUGAGCUUGAGGAUGGGACGGAGGCGGGGGCGGGGCUGCGGUGCCGGGAGGCCGGGGAUGGGAGGCGGUAUCUUCCUGUCGGGAUGGCGAUGGGUUGA